AUGGCUACCCUCAGCUGGGGACUCCCAAAUCUUCAUCCUCACCUCGUCAACUUCUACGCCAAGUCCCACCACUUAACCGAAGCCCACCUUGUAUUCGAAGAAAUCGAAGUUAAAGACAUAGUCUCAUGGAACGGCCUCAUCAAUGGCUACUCUCAGCUGGGGACUCCCAAAUCUUCAUCCUCAGUCAUGAAAUUGUUCAAGCUUAUGAGGAAAGAGAAUACUUUCCCCGAUGCCCACACUUUCGUCGGAUUUUUUUCUGCGGCGUCAAUUUUGAUGGACCCGUUUUGUGGCCAGCAAGCUCAUUCACUUGCCAUCAAAACAGCUUGUUGUUCCGAUUGUGGAAGCUUAGAUAACGCGCUGCAAAUGUUUGAGCUUUCGAGUGAGAAGAACUCUAUUACGUGGUCUGCAAUGAACACUGGGUAUGCACAAAGUGGCGAUAAUGAGAAAGCAUUGAAAAUGUUCUCAGAUAUGCAUUUUUCUGGGAUGAGGCCUAGUGAAUUCACUCUUGUUGGGGGUGCUCAAUGCUUGUAG